AUGCCAUUUGUUGUUGAGGGAAUCGACUUGGAUUUACGUAUGCGUGGUUUUGAGUUUUUUAGCUUGGUAUCUUCUUAUCCCUUUGAUUCUCCGAAACCCAUGCAUUUGAAAGCAACAGGGAAGAUCAAGUUUCAGGGAAAGGUUUUAAAGCCUUUUAGUAUUUCUAAUGGACAAGAAUUUGGUUCCGAGAGAAAUAAGCAACAGGUGAAUAUGACAGAUACAGGAAAGACAGAUAGUCUCGUAGGAGAGGUUUCAAUUUCGGGUCUCAAAUUGAAUCAGUUGAUGUUGGUCCCUCAGUUGGCUGGAUCGUUGAGCAUUUCACGUGAGUGUAUCAAGUUAGAUGCCACAGGUAGGCCAGAUGAAAGUCUUGUAGUGGAGUUUGUAGGGCCACUGAAGCCUAACAGUGAAACUAACACACAAAGUAGACAAUUGUUGUCUUUCUUCCUUCAAAAGGGCCAACUAAAAGCAAACAUUUGCUUCCAACCAUUUCAUUCUGCUAGCUUGGACAUACGUCAGUUACCACUCGAUGAGUUGGAAUUAGCUUCGCUCCGUGGAACAAUACAAAAGGCAGAAAUUCAGCUUAAUCUUCAGAAACGAAGAGGUCAUGGGCUGCUAUCUGUACUUCGGCCAAAGUUUAGCGGUGUACUAGGUGAAGCCCUUGAUGUGGCUGCUAGAUGGAGUGGGGAUGUUAUCACUGUUGAGAAAACCGUCUUGGAGCAAAGCAAUAGUCGUUAUGAGCUUCAGGGUGAAUAUGUAUUGCCUGGCAGUCGAGAUCGCAACCCUGCUGAGAAGGAAAGGGGAGGUUUAUUGAAAAGAGCGAUGGCUGGGAAUCUGGGUAGUGUCAUAUCUUCUAUGGGAAGGUGGAGAAUGAGACUGGAAGUUCCUAGAGCUGAGGUUGCUGAGAUGCUUCCCCUUGCCAGACUUGUUUCUCGAAGUACAGAUCCCGCUGUUCACUCAAGAUCAAAGUACCUGUUUGUUCAAAGCUUGCAGUCGGUUGGAUUAUAUACAGAAAGUCUGAAAGAACUGCUUGAGGUUAUACGGGGACAUUAUACCCCAUUAAAUGAAGUUAUUCUGGAAGAUGAUCUUCCAGGUUUAACUGAGCUCAGAGGUAGCUGGCAUGGCUCUCUUGAUGCAAGCGGAGGUGGCAAUGGGGACACAAUGGCAGAAUUUGAUUUUCAUGGGGAUGACUGGGAGUGGGGAACCUACAAAACUCAGCGCGUUCUGGCAGUAGGUGCAUACAGCAAUGAUGAUGGUUUGCGCCUGGAAAAGAUCUUUAUUCAGAAAGACAACGCCACAGUCCAUGCAGAUGGGACUUUGUUAGGGCCGAAAACAAAUCUACACUUUGCUGUUUUGAACUUUCCUGUUAGUCUAGUUCCCACUGUGAUUCAGGUCAUUGAAUCUUCUGCUACUGAUGAUGUUCAAUCUCUACGGCAAUUUUUAGCACCAAUUAGAGGCAUACUGCACAUGGAAGGCGAUCUUAGAGGGAGUCUUGUGAAACCAGAAUGUGAUGUGCAAGUCAGGCUCCUGGAUGGUGCCGUUGGGGGGAUUGAUCUUGGACGAGCUGAAACUGUUGCUUCCCUCACCUCAACCAGUCGUUUUCUGUUCAAUGCAAAAUUUGAACCAAUCAUCCAAACUGGGCAUGUACACAUUCAGGGAAGCAUACCUGUUACUUUUGUUCAGAAUAACAUGUUAGAGGAAGAAGAUUUAGAAAAAGAUAAAAGCCGAGCUACUUCCUGGGACCAUGGUUGGGUGAAGGAAAGAGGCAGGGGGUCUAGCGAUGAUGCCAGUGAAAAGAAACUUCCAAGAGAGAGGAAUGAAGAAGGCUGGGAUACGGGAUUAGCUGAAAGCCUUAAAGGUUUAAACUGGAACAUAUUAGAUGUAGGGGAAGUCAGAAUAGAUGCUGAUAUAAAAGAUGGGGGCAUGAUGAUGUUAACUGCUUUAUCUCCUUAUGCUAAAUGGCUUCAGGGCAAUGCCGACAUCAUGCUUCAGGUCAGAGGCACAGUUGAACAACCAGUGCUGGAUGGAUAUGCAUCCUUCCACAGGGCAUCUAUAUCAUCACCGGUUCUCUGGAAACCACUUACAAAUUUCGGUGGCACAGUUCAUGUGAAAUCAAAUAGGUUAUGCAUCACUUCAUUGGAGAGUAGAGUAAGUAGAAGGGGUAAGCUGUUUGUCAAGGGCAACCUGCCCCUUCAAACAAGUGAAGCAUCCCUUGGAGAUAAAAUUGACUUGAAAUGUGAAGUUCUGGAAGUGCGGGCAAAAAAUAUUUUAAGGAUUGAUGAGAACAUGGAAGACACAUUGGCAAAUGUAGAGGGUGCACAAGGGCAACUGCUCAAGUAUAUGAAUAGCAUAUCAUCAAAUAGGUGGCUGAUGAUCAAGAUAUUCUUUAUAUUAAUUUUUUUCCUCAUGGUUUUCCUAUUUUUUGUGGCAUAAUAGUCAUUGCAGAGACAAUUGAAAAGGAAGAAAAAUGACAGCUGUCUUUUUGAGUAUUUUUACUGUUGAUAAGCCCCUUCUAUUCGUUUCAUGAGCAAGAUGAUUACCUAGUAAUGUAAUAUAUGUAUACUGAUACACAAAAUGGUAAAAUUUGUUGUGAACUA